AUGCCCUUCCGCACCCCCCAACCAAUCUCCAAACCCCCAAAAUGUCCACCAACACCGCGACCCCAACCAACUCAUUCCCAAAUCCCUUCACCCCCUCACUAUAACCUCACACCCGCACCCCCCUUCUUCGCCAGCUUGGCAGCCCGCCUAGCCUACACAUCCGAACCCCGCUUCCUGCCCAACGGCGAACUCACACGCCCAGACCCCAUGCCAGGCUACAUACCCGUGCACCAGGACGACCGGUUGCCAGUACAUCCACGGCCCGCUAGUGUUUUAUCUUGGAAGUCCGGACGGAGGAGUGAGAGGAGACGGGAGGCGAAGAGUGAUUCGAUGACAACGACGACAACGACAACGACAACGACAGCUGAGGGGAGAGUAGAGAAGAAGAAGAAGAAGCAAAAGGAAGAGGCGAAAGUAGGUGGGAAUUUGAGGCAGAUAGAUUUGGUGAUGCGGCCGAAGAGUGAGGCGCAGAAGAGGAGGCAUGCGGGGUGGCAUCCUUGUGAGCAUACUGCUGUGGCUGAAAGGCAGUCGGAAGCGAGUACUGGGAAUACGUCGCCGUCUCCGUGUGAGUCUGGUCGUCUAGGUAGGAAGAGGGAGACAUACGUACGGUGUACGUGCUGUGGACGGGAAUACCAGGCAAAGUCACCGGCGGAGCUGAAGACAAAUACGAAACUCGGCAUUUGUAGGGAUUGUGGGAGGAGAAUGGGUGUGGAACAUGGUGAGACGGAGGAGAUGGAAUUGUAG